GUGCCGUUUUAAGUAUCGCGCGAUUUUCGUAUUCAGGUACGCAUGCGAGCAAUGCAUGCGCCGCGAACGCGUGUGAUUCAAUGUGAGUGCUUCGAAGGACCACUGAGAGGAGGAGGAGGCUCAGGAGGAGCAUCGGGCGCCGGCGGAGCAACUUUACGAUCAACUUUGCAUCAAAACACCGUCAAAGAACGACAACUCCGCUGCUGCGCAUCGUGCCGAUUAAACGAAAAGUUAUGCGCCAUUAACGAGAUCGCAUUUAGCCGAAGCCGGAAAUCAAAGGGCGAGGCAUCGAAAGCCGCAAGGACGCAAAGCUGGAAACGUUGCAAUCACGAAAUUAAACGCAUAUGCAUUUUGCAUUCUAUGGAGCGGCUAAUUCCUAAUGGAAACAAGAGUAUCACCUAGGAGCUAAAAGC